ACGAGUUAUUACAUCACACAAAAAUGGCCGCUCUCAUUGACUUCAAAACGUGAACUUGUUUACCUUAACGUGUUUACGGUGUUUGUGCUUGGAAGCUUAUUUUAAAAGUCUUUCUUAAUAAGAGUCAUGUCAAUAAUUGGCAAGUUAUUAAAAUAUGGAGUAACAUUUGAUAGCAUUGAGUGUUCAAGACAAGCGCUACCAGUGCUCGAUUUCGUGCGAUGGAGAAAACCACGGUGGGUCACACGAGCGAAAAGUAAAGAAUUUGUUCUUUCAAAGCGACAUGAGUAUAACACCGAAGAAACAGAAUGGCUUAGAAGGACGGAAAAUCACUAUCGAACUCAGAUGAAAGCAAUCUGGCAACUUAUUAAAUUAGUACCUGAUCAGAGUUUGCCAAAUGAUUUAAAAAAAAAAGCUGACAAAGAAAAAAUUGCUAAAGCUAGCUGGAAAGAAAUGGAGGAAAGAAUGAAAGAUUGGAAUGAACAAGUUGCCAUGAUACGGGAAGCAGAACAGUCAAAGAUGAACCAACAAAGACAGAAUAAGCUCUUAGGUUGGCUUAAUCAGGAACAGCUCAUCAGUGAACAGUUUUCUGAGGAAACGCUAAAACGUCUCCAAAGAGAAAAGGAAGCAGGGUUUAUUACACCAGAAAAUGUGGAGCAAAAACUAAUGGAAAGUUUAGAAACAACAGCAGAUUAUGAGUUUGCUCUUGAUAAAGAAGGUGUUAGAGUAAUCAACUUUGAUGAGAGUACUGAAAAGAAGCAGGGAUGAUGUCUCUCCUACCAACUUGCAUCGAACCAUUGACUUGCAGUAAAAUCCCAUUUGAUGCAUCUGUGCUUUGUUGCAGAAAAUUUUUUCAAGGAUGUGUUGAAUGUGUUCUGAGACUAUGGAUUGCAAACUCUGUUACUUAGUUUUAAAUGAAAGAACAGAAUGAUUGUCAAACAAAAUAUUGAUGAUUACUCAAAGAUAAAGUAAAAAAAAUUGGAAAGUGAAUAUAAUAAUCAUGGAUUUUAAUUAAACAAUUCUUAUUUUUUGUUAUUAAUGCUAAUACAUUGUCAUUUAAAGACCAAGCUUCAUGUAAAUAUUUACUUGUUGACUACUGCUAAGAAACAUUAUGCUAAUGAGUUUGCCCAGAGAUUAAAACAUUUAUACAGUUACAUAAUAA